AUGAGCACAAAUCAACCGCUUGCCUAUCAGACGUCGAAAGCUGUUCUACUGUAUCUAAAUGCUAACUUGAGGUUGGAACUCGCCCAAAGAUGUCUAGAAAUUCGAACAGCCGACAGGACUACUCCACUAAGAAUAUACAAUCUAAAAUUGAAUCCGAUGGAUGUUCAGAUCAAUGACACAACUUACGGUGUCACUCUUCAUAAAGUCCCACGCCGGACUGAGUACUUACCGGAAUAUGAUAAUUUUAAUUGUAAGGACUACAUAUUCUAUGACGUGGAUCAAUAUGGCUUUAAGGAUUAUUCCGUUGGCCCCGACGAUUCAUUCUUCUGGGAGUCUUCCGAGCCCUCAAUUGAUUGCGAAUAUUAUGUGAACAUUUUAUUGGAGAUGCACUCUUUAACCCAUGCUGACUUAUCAGAAUCGGCUGAAAAGGCUCGUUCAGACAUUUCACUCUCUAAAAAACAGGAUAUGUCAAAACUACAAUGCUUAUUCCAUGGCAAUUACGACUACUUGAUUCCUUAUAUAUUGAGACAUAUGGGUAUGAAGCCUCACGAGAUGCCAUACUAUUACUGUAUUGGACUGAAUGUCUCUACGGGCAAUGAAAAGAAGAGUGAGCUUGUCAAUUAUACCUGUAAACUGGUUGAUGCGGUCAAGUACAUGUACAACAAAAUUUUUGGAAACAGGGAGUUAAUCAUUACGAAAAAAAUGGAGAUCCGUUCAUUUUACUGUUUUCGAUACAAGUUUCAAAGUCACUUUAUUGUCCAUGAUUUGACAAUUUCCAGUGACUAUUCAAAGGUUUUUAACGAGCUUGGACCGCUAAUCAACAGCACUGGACAACACGCACUACAAUCUUUGCGAAUUGUAGUGCACGCCGAUAAUGAUGAUCUCGAUCACGCAAUAAUUAAAUCAGCAAAAGUUCUUACUGUGGAAGGAACUCUUUCUAAUGAGCAACUACGACAACUUUCUAAUCAACGUGUAAUCUUUUGUAAUUAUGGAUAUCAGAGGGAAAUUUUAUUCCUAGUCGGUGAAUGGAAACGCAACACGCCAGCUAUCGGAACUCACUAUUCCUUUCCAGUAUUCGACAUUGCCGACCAAGUUGUUUAUGAUGCUUUUGACGAUAUCCGUCAGCUAGAUGGUUCGAGUGAAAAAUUAUAUCCAGAAACAAGAGAGACCAAGUUCCCACACUGCAUUACAUUCAAACUAAGCGAAGAAGCGGAACUCAAUGUCUAUUAUGAACAAGAAUACAUGCAUACGAAGAUUCAUCCCAUAGGAUACUCAAUGGCAUUGUAA